CCGCGCGGUGCCAGCGGGUGGCUACUUGACCACUGCUCUGUUCGCUGCACAGGAGAGCUCUCCCAGCCGAGCAGGGAGAACAGCUUUAGUGAUGCUGAGACUGGUGCUGUUGCUCCUGGUCACAGACUUUGCAGCCUCUCAUGAAUCUCUUGACUCUUCCGAUUCUCAACUCAUGAAGAGGUCACAGUUCCGAACACCAGACUGUGGUCAUUUUGACUUCCCAGCAUGCCCUAGGAACCUCAACCCUGUGUGCGGAACGGAUAUGAACACUUACAGCAAUGAAUGUACCCUGUGCAUGAAAAUCAGGGAGGACGGUAGCCAUAUUAAUAUCAUCAAAGACGAGCCAUGCUGAUGGGCAGCUUGCAGAAGAGCAGAUGGAGAACUCCUCUCCUCCGGUGCUCCCUGCUCGAAUCCCACCCCCUUUUCUUUUCCCCCCAUUUCUUUGCAUGAUACUUGUUCACAGAACUUCUCUGGGUAGAGGCUAGAAGACAGUGAUGUACAGCGGUUUAUAAACUUAAAACUCUUGUUCUGGGCUUCCGGCCUACAAUUCAGUUUAGUUCAUCUUAUGACCCAGGCGACUUUUGCAUCGCUUUAUUUCAUUGGAAUAAAAUGAGCAUUGAAUUCA